AGUGCGGGCGCGAAGUUCGCAAGAGUGAAAGGGCAACACAUGGUGGUGAUGUCAUGACCUGCGGUCGUCAUGCCCAUCGAAUUGGCUCCGGGCUCGGAGUCGGAUGGCUCCCACGAUGACACCGCGGUGCUACUGCGGCGGAGAAGAGCUGCGCGGCGCGGCUUGGGCGCAGGGCAGCUGCGGACGAUCGUAGGAGUCGGGCUUUGUUGUGUCCUAUCGAUCAGCUCCGUGUUGCUGGUCUCCAAGGAAGUGCCUGGCAGUUCCUUGGGAUCUGUGCCUAUGACCGAGGCUUCGCCACGCGACGACGGACAUGCCGUGGAGGAGGAGGAGGGCGGCUUUAAGGAGAGCGGCGAGCUUCCGCGAAGCGAGGCGCCAGAUGUGCCAGCUGUGCCACCAGCGCGCAUCUCCGAGGGCAGCGACUUUCUGUCUUUGCAAGAAAUCCCACCACCCGGCUGCCCCGUGCUUUGCGGGACCUAUGUGCCCUGCAAACCAGGCCUCACGAAGGGGACGACCACCACCAUCAGCUCGACGACCUACACCAGUACCACGACCAGCUCAAGCAGCUCGAGCAGUAGCAGCAGUAGCAGCAGCAAAUCGAGCACCUCCAGCUCCAGUCGCUCGAGCACGACAAGCACGACGAUCACCACGUCCUCCACCAGCGUGACCGAGACCUCCACCACGUCGACGACCACCACGACCAGCACCACCACGACGUCCCCAACCUCCACCAGUAGCACCUCAUCGAGUUCCACCAGCACGUCGACCAGCGCCACCACCAGCAGCACGUCCAGCAGCAGCAAGACCAGCAGUAGCACAACCAGCACGACCACCAGCACCACUACAACCACGCCCUUCAUAUGUCGAGAUGGGUGCCAAAUACCGCUGCACUUCGUGGAUGACAAUUUCUGCGACUGCAGCGAUUGCGGAGACGAGAGCGCCUGGACCUGUUUGACCUGCGGCCUCCCUCCGCCACCCACGGGCCAAGCGGCGGCGAUCGGCAUCGCCACAGGUGUCUCCAUGGGUGCGGCCAUUGGCAUCGCCUUGGGGGUUGGCUUGGGCCUCUCCAGUGGCCUCGCCGCCAUCUUCAUCGCCACAGGCGACUUCGUCAUCAGCGUUCCGGAUGCCAAAGCCUUCACGGAGAACGAGGAUGCAGUGGCCGCGCUCCGGCGGACGGUCGCCAAGCUCGCGGAGAUGGAGGACGACAGCAAAGUCACGUUGAUCCUCCCCUGCGACAAAGCCAAGCGCCGCCGUUUGGAGACUUCCGGCAGUUCCUUGCGACGACGUUUGCAGGAGACCUUGGGCGUGUGCUUUUCGAUCUCCGUCGAAGGCGAGGAGGCCAGCUCCAAUGUGUGCCAACGGCUCUCGGGCUUCGGCUCCGAACAGGCGCAGCGAAUCCUGGCAGAAGAGCUGACGAACAUCCCCGGCACCGGUGGCGUGGACGUGGUCUCCUUUUCGGCAUCGCCCAAUCCCAUCGCGUCCAACCCCAACGAGAACUCUGGGCCAGACGAUUUCUUUGACCCUACACAAGCUGGGGUAUCUUUAGGUUGAGCUGUCAGGUCCUCCCUGCAUGGCGGGCGUGCGCCCCAUCUGUGAGAGCUUUAGGCAAGCUGGUCUUCUGCGUAGUUAGUCGUGGAGCUCAGUGGAGCUCCAUGCUUCGGCUCGUCGGGUUCGGCGGCAUCACGUCGUCGAGACACGCGAAACACAUCGGGUGGACUGUUUAGCCUUGACUCAGAGGUCUUGGUCUGAUCGCUGAGCAGGCACGAAAGCAUCGUCGUUGAAUGUCGG